UGUGCAUUUCUUGGACUUGUUACUUUUUUUUCAAUUUAGACGCCAAAUUAAGAUUUUUUAUUCAUACUAAACUCAACCAUGUCGGAGAGCAUUGGGAGGAAAAUCCAGCCUUUCACCAUCGGGACCAAACUCUCGGCGCCGGCCGUGCCGAAGUGCUCGGACUUGGUUCCAGAUGGUUACCUGCCAAAUCGCACGUUCUCUGAAAACUGCAAACUGAGGCACCUGAACGAACAGGUGUCUCUCUAUCUGGGCCGUGAUAAGCGCUGCGGGUCGACCCCGGUGAAACACACACGUGAAGACGAACACCUGAACAGAAACACAAGCUCCCCGAACGCUGCGUCCAGAUCCAUUCGCAAGAUCACCAUCUCCAGCCGGAUGGAGGCGUCGAAGGACAGACUGACUCCAGGGAUGGAGCUGAAGAAAACAAGAGCGAAAUCUGAGAAUAUUAAUAACAAUAACAACAACACAACCUCCAACACGCUGCUGCCUAAAAUAGUGGGUGUCAGCUGUGAGAAUAAACCCAACUCGCAUUUGAAGGUGUUGCUGUGUAAAGAUGGUGAGAAGCAGUGCAGUGCUGACCGAGAGAAAUUCACCUCUUCUCCACAGACCCAUAUACUCAAAACCCAAACAAGAAGGGACGCGGUGGACAGUCCAUCCUGUGAGCUUUUGGUUUCAAACGUCUCAUCGGUGCAGAAUGACCACGGUUUCACCCAACAAAACACGCUUUUUAACAAGGAGAUCACUCAGGCUGAGGCGUGGAUCAGAGCGAAGCUACGAGACCUGCGGGACGGCGGUAACGUACAGAAAUGUCCUCUGACCGACUGGGAGGAAGUUUGCCAAACACUCCAGAGAGAUUUGAAGGACUUUGAGAACACAGUCAUACAACUCAACCAGAUGGGAGAGCAAUUAAUGUGCAAGCUUAACCCGACGUCUGACCUGGUGAAGAAACAGCUGGGUCAGAUCCGCGACCAAUGGAACGCGCUCAAACAGACGGCAGCCAAUCAAAUCAAGGCGAUGGGCGGAGCUAAGACUCUCCAGGAGUUUAACAAGAAGGUGGACCGUCUGGAGGCAUGGAUCAAAGAGAAGGAGCGGGAACAAUCGCUGGCCAACAUCCUUGGGGAAAACACUGACAAGAUGCAGCUUACCAGGAAGAUACUGGAUUUGAAACAGGAUGAGCAGCUCUAUCAUAAUCUUCAUGAGGAGAUCAAUCAUAUGGCCAUCAGACUGGAAAAACAGGGAAAGACUGAAGGGAAGACCAUCUCAACCCGCAGGAAACACAUCAACAAAAUGUGGCUAAAGGCUCAGUCGCACUUGAAAGAAUAUCAUGAGAAUCUUCAGCUUGCCCUCGAAGUCUCAUCCUUCUACCAGCAGGCAGAUAAUGUUGUCUCUUCCAUCAAUAACAUGAGAAAAAGCCUCUCUCCGAGCAAUGGAGUGGAAAACGGCCGAGACGGGGAAAUUCGGGACAUUGCCAGUCAAAUCAUGAUGCUGGAUGUGACUGUUUCCCAGCUAUCCAACCUUCACCCGGCGCUGGCGGCCCGGGUCACACAGAAGCAGAGCGAGUUAAAAGACUCCUGGGCCGUCCUCCAGAAGACUCUCAGGAACGAAAAGGCAGCUCAACUACCCUCUUUAACCAGGGACAGCAGUGACCCUGAAACCUCCAGCCCAGAGACGCCCGGCAGCGUGGGAACAGACACACACAGAAUUAUGGGAAAGGAGGUUAAAGAGGAACAAAAUCGCCUGAAGGGGUUUACGGGUGUGAGAGACGACGAGCGCUUCGGGAAGCCUUCAGACGGCGUGGAGAUCCCAGCACGGGCCUGUGCCAGCGAUAUCAUGCUCAAACUCCAGACAGCCACUGAAAGCGGGAACGCGUCGAGGCCCGAGUCCAUCGGCCACCCACCGCUCCACACGCAACUCCAGAAGUUCACCGUUUCUGCAGACAAGACUCUCUCCUGGCUCAAAGACAGCGUUGCGAUGGCCACUCAAAUGUGCAGUUUGGUCGGACCGAACGGUUUUGACGCAGCCAAGAGACGCCAGGCUUCACUGGAGCAAGAGAUCCUGUCCAACACAGCCAGGAUAGAGCUGGUCAAGAAGGAGGGUCACGGUCUGGUGAGGGCUCAGCAUCCGGGCAGCGCCAAGAUCCAGGAGUUUCUGAGUCAGCUGGAGGUCCUGUGGGACGAGCUGAAGAGAAGACAUGAGAGGAACGGACUGGUCCUGAAGGUCUCAGAGGAACUCAACUACAGGGUGGUGCGGAUGCUGCAGGCGUUGGCCAGUCUGGAGGCCUGGUUAGAGGCGGUGGAGCUGUCCAUCACACAGGCGUCUCUGGCUGGAGACCCCGAGUCUGUGAGCGUGGCAGAGCAAGAGAGCUGUCAGCUGGAGCAGGAGCUGGAGGCCCGAGGACUGGAGCUGCACAACCUCAGGCAUGAAGUCCAUCAUCUGAGCAAACAGAGACAUCUUCACACUCAGCUGCUUCCAGCUCGACUGAAGGACGUGGAGAAGAAGUUCAGCAGUGUGCAAAUGGCACUGACCCAGCAGAGCUCCGAGCUGAAGGACACGCGGAUGCUCACCGAGUUCCUGGAGAAGGUGGAGCUUGAGGAAAGUCACUACAGCACCGUGGGACAGCCCCUGUGCAGUGAACUGGACUCUGGACCGUCUCUUCUGGGUUUACAGGGGAACGAACAUGAUGAGCCCCUGAUGGAAGCCAUCGGAAACCCUGUAAAGGAACUCAGAGAAGCUGUGGAGAUGCUCAAUGAUACAGCGCGAGAGCGGGGCCGUUCGCAGUCACAUGACCAGAGCAUCCAGGAACUGCUCACCAGGCAUGCCAUGGUGUGUGUGCGCGUGGAGCAGUGUGUGCAGCGCUGUGCUGAACUGGCCAUAGAUGUGCUAGAGAUGGAGAGUGAGAUGGCUGUGAGGUGUGAGCCGGAUCGAUGUGGUCUGGAUGUCCUGCAGGAGUACCAGGACCAGCUGGAGGCUGAAUACGGGGUCUUAAAGGAGGAGGUCGAGGCCAUGAAGAGUCUGGCGAGCCGUUUGUCAGAUGUUUGUCCAGAAAGGAUGAACGCUGUCGGAUCUGAGAUUCAGAGCAGUCUGCAUUCCUGGGAAGAGCUCGGGAAGAGUGUGUCUGAAAACAAGGAGAGACUCCUGCAGUUUGGGCACCUGCGCCAUUUCUUCAGGAACUACCUGGCUAUGAUCUCUUGGACAGAAGACACCCGCUCCUGCAUUUUCUCAGAAAGUGCUCUGCGUCAGAGCCGAGAGAACCAGGAGCCUCUAGUCGAGGUUCUGGAUCGGCAGAUAGAACAGAAGUUUGAGGAGUUUGAUCAGCUCACCGUGGCUGGAGAAAAACUCUUUGGCGAUGAGCAUCACCUUAACAAAAUGAUUAGAGAGAGGAUGGAGGAGCUGAGGAGCAUGCUGGGAUGGAUCCUGGUCCACUGGAGGGCUCAGAAGGAUCAGCUGUUGAGCAGACAGAAGGUUGAAGAACCUCAGACAGAUGCCAUUUACUCUGAAGCCACGGUCUGCUCCUCGCAAACACAGGUGGAAACCUCAACCGAAGUCUCUCAGAACAGAAUAGAAAGCCUCACAAGUCUCAUUGGUGACAUGGAGGAUAGUUUGCAGCACAAUUAUGGAUAUGAGGUGAUGAAGAGUGUCAGUCCUAAAGGAAGCGAUGACAGCAGUCAUUUAGAGAGUCCGGAUUCACCGUACCUGGUUCUGGAGGAACCCAGUCCCACUGCUGUAGGAGGAACCGUCAACCUCAUCCUCAGCUUCAGUAACUCUGGAGACACACAGAUCCAGGUAAGUACUUACUUGCAUGUUAUGGAAAACAACAUGGCAGUAGCCCCAGUGUAUGAGAGUAUGACCCUACCCCAAGACAAAGCCCGGUGGCCCUCAUCCUCCUCUCCCAGGACCUCCCUGUACGCUUUCUCCUCCCCUUGCACUUCUCCAUACCCCUCGACCUCCACAGAAGACACCCUUCAACAGGCCAACAACAACCCCUCUGUUCACCUCUUGCCCAAGAACGGCAACAUCUCAAUCUUCAGCAGUCUGAAGAGGAAGAGCAAGAAGGGGAAGAAGGAGAAAGAUGACUGUAGACACACCAUUCAGAAGAUCAUGGGAGAAGGAGUGUCAGAAGAGGCUUGUUUGCCACCUGUACAUGAACCAGUCAUAUAUGAUACGCACACUUGGCCCCUGAAGGAAAGGAAGAAGCGGAAAAAUGCAAGAAAACCAAACAGCGAUGAGACUCAGGUCUUGGACUACAUGAAGAACCCUUUAAUGAAAGACAUAGAUGCAGAAUGUUCUGGAGAGGUUGAAUCUCCAGUUCAUCACACCUUAGAGGUUGCCACCCACGGACAUGUGAAGAACCAUUGUAGGUUUUUGUCCUUGGGCUCGGUGUUAAGCUUCGACCUGCCCAAGGAUAUGAGCCUUAUCCCUAGCAUUCAAGAUGUCAUUACAAUUGGCCCUCCCGAGCAAAAGAAGACAGACUCUCUACACCAGGACUCUCAGGUUGAUCGUCCAACACCCCUGAGCACCUUUAAAUCCGCCCGCUCACCUCCAACGCAAAAAGAAAAGUCCAAAAAAACUUCUCCAGGUGAAGUAAUCCUUAAGAUUGAUUGUAAAGACUCCAAAAAGAUUGACACUAUUUCAAUAACUGAAGAUGAAUUUCCUCCUCCACCUUCUCCAGUCAUUGAACACAUCUCAUUUGAGGAGAAUCAUCCCUCAUUACUCCAACAGAAACACCUGUCUGAGAUAAGUACAAUGCCCAAAGAAGAGGUGGAUAGUUGGGACACAAUGGGAACUAAACUUGACAACAAAGAAAACCACUAUGUAAGUCCUCCAGAAGAUGCAAGCCAAGGGAUUUCCAGUCACAGCUCAACUACAGCAGAGAUUCAUGUAUGUCCUAGCAUCCAUACCUUGGUUCACAAUCUUAAUGGACACAUCUUCAAUAGGUCAACAAAGACCUCAAGCACUCAACAGUUGAGUCCAAACCAUGCAUCUCAGGUGGUGUUGAACUUCAGAGCCAAUGGAAGAGAGGACUCAGUGGACUCUGGUCACUCCAGCUCUGGAAGUUUCAAGUUGUGUUCAGAGGGUUUGUACGUAGACUCCUCAGAGUGUCCAGUUCCCAAGAGGACCAUUGGGAAGGUGCAAUCCCUGGAUGCAGGAGUCUCCAACAGGAACUUAGAGUUCUCCAAAGACAAAAGCCUUACUUUAUCAAUUGACGUUGAGGAUCCAGUUCAUCCUGACCACCAACAGUUUGAGCUGGAAGAAGAGGAGCUGGAGGACAUCUGGAAUCACACCAACAGCUACCGACAGAGUCUAAACUCUGAUAUCAUGUAUAACGGCUACCAGGCUUUGACAGCAACCUCUUCUCCAGACCAGCAUAGGGAACCCUCAUCCAAAGAACACGCAGGACUCUUCAGAAAGUUGGUCACAGCCUCCGCACCCAAUCUUCUUGUGGCGGAGUUUCGACUACCACCAUCUAUCCAGUCUAUGGUGGGUUGUGGGAAGCCGCAGAACUCAGUGGAAGAGUGGCAAAUUCUGGAUAAAGGGGACAGGAGGUCAUGGGCCGCAUUCACUCAACGGGAACAGGUUUACAAACAGGUGGCCAUUAAUGAAACCGCUUCAGAUCCGGUGAAACUACCCGAAAUAGAGGACCAGCAAAAGUAUAUCUACCAUUAUAGGGAGGAGGAAGAGGAGGAGGAGGAGAAGGAAACAGGGUUUAUGAAGGACCAGUCCACGAGCCUCCUGUCUGUUCAUAUGAGAUUGGAUUGCACCAAUGACUCUGAUAUCCAGAGUGGAAGACAAGAACUAGAACUGCCGUCUAUGGAAGGUACACUGGAGAGGAAACACAAACUACAGCUUGGUGGAAAGAAGGCACCAUGCAGGGCGUGGAACUCCUAUCAUGCUGUGCUGUACAAACAAACAAUAUGUUUCUAUCAGGACAGGAAAGAUGCACUCAAGAGCUGUGUGACGAGCCUUCCUCUCAACCUAAUUGGAGCAGUGUGUGAACCGUCGCCGGAGUACACCAAAAAACCCAACUGCUUUUGCUUGAGAUUGCGCGAUGGAUCUGAGUAUCUCCUCAGUGCCUCCUCACGAUUUAUGAUGAAGAAAUGGAUCCUUAGAAUCCAGGCACACACUGCGUCCAGUGAUUCUGUAGUGAAUAGUUCGAAGUGUCGUGGGUCUUCAGCUUCAGCGACGCUCUCUAGACAUUCUCCUCCUAUCUCAGACUGUCAGUAUGGAGAUAAAUGUCGCUGCUCCGUGAGAAAUUAUGUCACCACCACGGUUUUAGCACAGAGUCAGCCUGCCUCAAGCCGAACCAAAGAGAUCAUAGUGCACACCAGUGACGCUCUGCAGAUCCAGCAAACACAUCAGGAUCUGUUGCUCCCCACAUUCACAGAUGCAGGUCAUUCUGAGGAUGAGUUUGAGUCUCAUGGCGAGUCUCUGAGACAGAAGUUGUCCUCUAUGUCCACCAUUCAGGGCUGGACCAGUGAAAAGAGACGCUCACACUCCUUUACCUCAGCCACGUAUCAGAGGAUAAGGCCUGUAGCGCCCCCUUCAGGCAAAGGCCAGGACAGCAGCUCCAGCUACUCGGUGACUUUAUUCAUCGGAGACCGAGAGAUGCCGUCGGUCUGUAGAAGCACAGCGAUGGCCGAGGAGUCCUUCUCCGAUCUGCCCAUGAGGAGCUACAUGAGCCUCCCGCGGCCACCCAACAAAUCCGUCUUCAGGAAGUUCUUUGGGAAAAAGGAGUGACUGACACUUUCUGUGACAAAGACCCUGACUGACAUGUGCAGGACACAAGUUAAACGCUUCUGAAAAACUUUUUUCUUACAAUUUAUUUAUGGAUUUGAUGGCGAGAAUCAUUUUUUUGUCAUUUUUAAAUGAGAUCUUGUAUGGUUGUUUAAUAUUCAUUCCUUCAACCGUUUUGAUAUCGGGCUUGUUUUAGCCAACAAUGAAAUGUACUCACCCUCACGUUGUUCAAAACCAAUAUGACCCUUUCUUUCAUGGAACAUUAUAUUUACAUUUAUGCAUUUAGCAGAUGGUUUUAUCCAAAGAGGAACAAAAGCAAUUUGUCACAGAGCCAAUGAUAUUCAUAAUAUACAAUGCCAGGUUUAUUAGAUUCAAACAAGCAAGAGGAGAAAAUGCAGAGAAGACAACCCUGGAAUAACAGUUCAUAAUUUCUGAUGACAAAAAGCACCACAUAAGUAUGAUGACAGUAAUGCAUAUGACUUGUCCACUAUAUUUCAAUUGCUCUCAAGUCAUAAAACAGCU